AAAGCGUUUGAAAAAAUUACGAUUUAAACUAAUUCGAAAAGAAUUGAGAAAUAUUGUUUCAUCUGAAAUGGGCGAUGAUGAGAAACUUCAGUCAGUAUUCGCAUUAAAUGCCAAACAAGAAGUGGAUGUAAAGACAGGUGAAGUUAAAAAUUUCGAGGAUGCAAUACUUAAUAAGGACGAUGGAAAUGAUUUUUAUAGAAAGAAGGAUUUCAAACUUGCUUUGGCUUCAUACAAUUUGGGGAUAGUGAAAUGUCCUCAAAACACAGCUGAAGAACAAGAACUAUUGUCGAAACUGCUUGCCAAUCGCAGCUCAGUUUUUUUCGAAUUGAAAGAAUAUGAAAAAGUCAUCAAGGAUAUAGUUGCUGUAGAGAAACUAAGAUGCUAUCCAACGGAAUUGAUUUAUAAAUUAGAGUGGCGGAAAGCAAGAAGCUUAGAAAUGUUGAUGAAUUUUAAAAAGGCAGAUCAAAACUAUGAUGAAACUUUAAAAUUUCUGGUAGAGUAUGGUAUUAUAACCGAAGCUCUUCGUGAAGAAAACAUUCAGAUGAUUGAGGCAUCAAAAAAAGAAAGUGAAAUGAAGCAAACUGAAUUGAAUAUUUUUGAAGAUGUUGAAACAUUCAGAGGAGGAGAACAAUACAUCGCAGCACACCCCGCAAUAGAUAUUGCCUAUAACAAAAAAAGUGGGAGAUACGCUGUAGCGAACAAAGAUAUUCCCAUAGGCACACUUAUUUUGAAAGAAGAAGCUCAUGUCGCAGUACUUACGAAGAAUAAGUCUUUAAUGAACUGCCAACAUUGUUUCCAACCUACUGAUCAACCUCUACCUUGUCCAAACUGUGCCAAUAUAAUAUUCUGCAGCCCGGCUUGCCAAAAAAUUGCUUUAGAUUCGUAUCAUGUUUUGGAAUGCCAGAUGUUUGAUACUAUUCGUGAUUCUGGCCCGAAUAUUUUCCUUUUGGUGAGGAUGUUCACUCAAAAGGGUUUUCAUUUUUUUUUUGACCAGAGAGACAAGCUCUCCGAAUAUUUGGCAGAUAAAAGGCCCUUAGGGCUUCCUCAGAAAGAUAUCUAUCGACAUGAUGAUUUUGAUAAUGUCAUGUUUUUAUAUCGAAAAGAUCACAAUACUACUGAGUUUGACGCGUUUGCCUUUUACACAACCGGGUAUGUUUUACAAUUGUUAAGACUGAUGAAUUUUUUUCCUUUCAAGGCCGAAGGAAACAUUUUAUCAGAAGAAGAACUGUUCAUUGCAAAAUUGUUUUUGAGAAACUGCAGAAUGGUAUUUUAUAACGUCCACGGUAUGGGUGAAAUCACACCACUUGAGAACAAACUCCCUAUUAGAUAUGGACUUGAGUCUGCUUAUGAGUUAGUACGACUAGGAGUUGGACUUUUCCCGACGCUGUCAUUUUUUAAUCAUUCGUGUGAUCCAAGUGUGGUCAGGAUAAAUAAGAACCGCCAUAUUCUAGUAAGGACAAUCAAGCCAAUUAGAACCGGAGAAGUUAUCUACGAUAAUUAUGGGCCGCAUUAUAUUUUCGAAUGCAAAUGCACAGCCUGUGAAGAGAAUUGGCCUAAUGUAGAAAAUAUGAUAGCAGAAUUCAAGGUUCCAUGCAGAAAUAGACGAUGUAACUACAUAAUGACUGUAACAAGUGAACAUCCGGACCCGAAAAGAUGUAGUUCCUGUCAUAGGACAUUACAUUCUGGCACUAUAAACUACGUCAGGCAG